CAACAAAAUGGCCGCCCUUCAACUGACCGUUUGCUUCGCCCUCUUGGCCAUGGCCUGCGCCUUCUACACUGGUGGCUACAAUGGUGGCUACAAUGGUGGCUACAAUGGUGGCUACAACAAUAAAGGCUACAAUGGUGGCAAAUAUGCUGGUUAUAACAAUGGCUACAACGGAAAUGGCUACAAUGGAAAUGGCUACAACGGCAAUAACUACAAUGGCAAGGGCUACGAUGGUGAUGACUACAAUGGCAAGGGCUACAAUGGCAACGACUACAAUGCCAAGGGCUACAAUGGCAAUGCCUACAAUGGCAAGGGCUAUAACGGCAAUGGCUACAAUGGCAACAACUACAAUAAUGACUACAACAAUUAUGGCUCAAGUAAGAAAAUAAAUACAUUUUUGUGACAGUGAUUGUUAUCGCAUAUUAUUUACUGUUAUGCCGCUAGGACUUUGACCCAAUGUGAUCUAGAUUUAAUAUGUUGUAGUGGGGAGUGGGUGUAACCAUGAAAGGCAUGUCUGGUGAUCUAAACAAUAUAACUGUCAGUCAACUGCUACACUUGCUAGCAUAGUCAAAUCUCGUAUCUGUAGCAUGGGAUCUCGUUGAUAGCAGUAUCACCUCGAUGUGGGAUCUUACUACAUCUCUUGCGAAAAGCCUUGGAUCUGGUAAUACAAUAUUAUGGUAUCUUGUUUGAAUAAAACGAUUUUUAAAAAAUCUCCUUUUGGUUAAUGAGGGUUAGUGAGCUAUGUUGUAUUCAAGUGUGACUAGUCUUAUUGAAGUUGAGAUAUUAUGAUAUUACUUUCAUUCAGCACCAACUUAAAAACAAACAUAUAUUUGAAUGAAUAGAAGAAAUUUUCGGAAGUUAAGCCAUUGCUGUGCUACAUAAGAAUUCACGCUAUAACAGGGCUCAUUGUAGCAGAUUUCUUAUAUUGUGUACAUUUAAUUUAUGAAUCACUUGCAUGCUGAAAUGUGGCUUUGGUUUUGGUUUUAAAACCAAUAAUUUCAUGAUUGUUGUUUAUUUAUAAACCCACAGGUUAUAGGUCACUAAAUUCAACAUAUGGAACUCCUUUGUAUCGCUCUCUAUAAGCUAGGCUCUACUACCAGUGUGUUUCUGUCUCUUUCUCGCUGUCUCUCUCUCACGGUAAAUUUCUCCUCCUAUUUGUUUCUUCUCUCUUUUAAUCACUCUUUAUGUUUCUCUUUUUCUCUCUCUUGUCUCGCUCAUUCUCACUCGCAAGUAAUCCAUCUUUUCGUCCACCUCUCUUUGAGCAGCGCAAUGUAACCCUGGUUACGGAAAUAAUGUAGUGAAUAUAUUUAAUGUUUUGGUCUGUACCCCCCUCAUUACUCUACUACCAAAGACUUUAAAUCUCAACAUUAACAUCAAUUAAGUAAAGAAUGAAAACUGAAGAGUGGUGCUUCACAAUUCAUGUUAGCGUAUUUAUGCUGGCUUGUCCUAGAAUUCCUCUUCAGGAAGCUUGUGAAUUGAACAAAGAUUAAAAAUAUAUAUAAUUGCGGGUAGUUUUUUUAAUUUGGAAUAUAAAAUAUUCGUUCUCUUCUCUAUAACAUAGUAAGACACAGUAUGGCAGAGGAAGACAAAUUAUUAAGACAUAGUAUGACAAAGUAAGACAUAGUAAGACAUGUGUAAUUAUAGUUUUAAAUUGUCAUUUCCAGUCAAUUAUUUCAAAGUUGAAAAUAAUAAUAAUACUUUUUUUCUUCAUUUUCAGGUUAUUAAAGAAGUUUAAGAUUGCUGAAUCCAGCUAUGAGAUGGG